AUGGCAUGUAGACAAAAGUCCAACUGGUCCGCAGAUCCAGUACCAAUUAAACGUCAAAGUUAUUCUUUGAUUAAACGCAAUGCUUGGGCAGAUGAUGAUGAUAAUGAUCGAAUUCUUCAGAAUAAGAGAAACCCUACCUGGCAUUGGUGUUUUAGAUGGUGUAUUGUUGGAUCAUUACUCGUUGGAAUAGGUUUAGCAAUUGUACUUACAUUCUGGUUGACCUCAAAAACAACAGCAACAGAGACAUUAACCUCGACAGAAAGGCACACAACAACAACCACUAUAACGACAACAACAACCACUAUAACGACGACAACAACAACAACAACAACAACAACAACAACAACGACAACAACAACAACGACAACAACAACAACGACAACGACAACGACAACGACAACAACGACAGUGGUGACAACAACACCAACAUGCGGCACUUUUCCUACCAAUCCACCAGGCCAGGUUUUGCAUUAUUUCCCUAAAAGUGGUUCAAAUUUCCCGCUCAUGACAUAUACAAAAUACACUUCUACUUUCACGGCAAAUAGUACCUUAGCAACUCUAUCAUUUAUUAUAAUGGGUGAGGGUGGAGGAGGUGCCGAUCACUACUGGCUAUUAGACGAAGUAUCUGUGAAUCAUACAAAUGCAAACGCAGAUGUUCUAAUUAAUGGUGGAUUUGAAACAGGAAAUUUAAAUGGCUGGACACAGUUUUGUAACACGACUGUCAAUUGUGUUGCUGGUUAUUAUACGCAUACGGUAACAAAUUCAUGUUAUACAGGAACAUACUGCGUUUACGAUUCAUGUAAAAAUACUGAUUAUCUAGAACAAUCGUUUUCUACUGUAGUAGGAGAUUACUAUAUAAUAUCAUAUUAUCUGAGAAACGGUAAUAAUGACGCAGGACCUAUAGCAAUGUAUGUCACAUUAACUUAA